AAACAUUGACUCCAGUGGAGCUUCCAAGUGGGCACCUCUCUCUGUAAACUUCCUUAUAUAAACCGAUAUAAACCAUGCACUCUACAAUGCCUUUCACCUCCACGCACACACAUACUCUCUCCAACCUCAAACGCACACGCACUCUCUCUAACCUCAAACGCAGACGUGAACAUGGCCAAAGCAAAACCAUCUCUCUCCUUCCUCUUCCUCUUCCACGUCCUCCUCUUCUUCGCGGCGCUCCUCGAACCAUCGAACUCACAGCCCGCGACAGCUUCCAACACGGCCUUCAUCAAGUCCUCCUGCAGGUCCACGCGCUACCCGGCGCUCUGCGUCCAGUGCCUCUCUGGCUACGCCGCCUCCGUCCAGCAGGACCCCCGCCAGCUCGCCCGGGCCGCGCUCCAGGUCAGCCUCGCCCGGGCCCGCGCCGCCGCGUCCCACGUUGGGCGCCUGUCCCGGCUCCGGGGCAUCACGACCCGGGAGUCCCAGGCCGUGCAGGACUGCGUCCAGAACGUCGGCAACAGCGUGAGCCGGCUGAGCCAGGCGAUCGACGAGCUCGGCCAGAUGGGAGGCCAGGGGGCCGCUGGGGAGGCGUUCGAUUGGCACAUGAGCAACGUGCAGACGUGGGUGAGCGGGGCCCUUACCGACGAGAACACGUGCCUCGACGGGUUCGCGAGGUCGGACAUGGACGGGAGCGUGAAGAACUCGGUGCGGGGGCAGGUGGGGGAGCUGGCGCAGGUGGUGAGCAACGCGCUGGCCCUCGUGGACAGGUACAGGUCGAGGCACCGCGGGGCCAAGGGACAGCCGUAGGUCUGCUGUUGAGACUGAAAGAAUGAUAGUUCUGGGUUUGGUGUAAAUGGUCAUGAGAAAGAGAAGUGUUUAGAUAUAUAACGCAUGUAGGAACGUGAGUUCUGCUGUUGCUGUCGCCUGUUCAUGUUCUGUGAAUGUAAGAAGUUUUGUGAAAUAUGUGAAUUGCAAGAAAAGUGAUGUUUUGCUCUCA